AUCAUUCAUAGUCUGCGAACAAACAGAUAUAUGUUAGGAAAAGGUUCUACGGAGGUGCCUACAAAAUGCAGCUAGAAUCUUUGGAGCUGGCUGGCUGUACGCUUGACCGGUACAUUAGCUUUGAUAAUUCGCGCCCUUCCUUUUUGGAGUUAACUGGCAUUGCAGCACAACGGAGUCCAACAUGCAGUGGGUUAAAUGCUGGCGAUUACCGCAACCUUGCUGCUCUCCUGAACCAUCCUAACUUGUCACAGUUGAAAAUUCUCAACAAAGUGCCUUUGCCACCAGAGAUUAUGGAACACUUUGCUCAUAUGCAAUGCCAUUGUUUAAUGGGAGUUUUCCCUGAAAUUAGCAGAGUUUGGCUUGCAAUAGACAGCAAUAUAUAUGUUUGGGCAUUUGAACAUGGGAGUGAUGUUGCAUAUUUCGAUGGAUUAGGAGAAACCAUAGUCAGUGUUGGCUUAGUUAAACCAAAACCAGGGGUGUUUCAGAAUUUUGUCAAGUAUUUGCUUGUUCUCACAACAACAGUGGAAAUUGUUGUAUUAGGUGUGACAUUUUCAUCAAACAAAAGCGAUUCUCCAAGAGAAUUUCAAGAAAUACAUCUUGUCUCAGAACCUGUCUUUGUUCUGCCAACUGAUGGUGUGUCAAUGAUGUGUGUUAAAUCCACUUCAAGAGGUCGAAUAUUUAUGGGAGGUAAAGAUGGCUGUCUGUAUGAAAUAACCUAUCAGGCACAAUUAGGAUGGUUUGGUAAACAUUGCAAGAAAGUGAACCAUUCCACCAGCACUCUUUCAUUCCUAGUACCAUCAUUUCUAAAUGCCGCAUUAUAUGAUGAGGAUCCGAUAGUAAAAAUUGAAGUUGAUGAUUCCCGGAACAUUUUGUAUACACUCAGUGAAAAAGGCUGUAUAGAAGUAUUUGAUCUUGGCAAGGAUGGUGAGAGCCUCAGUCGAGUUGUAAGGCUAACACAAGGAAAGAUUGUAUCUGCAGCUGUGGAUAUAGUGAAAACUUUGGAAGUAAGCAACUUCAAACCUGUCAUAGCAAUUUCUGCUGUAGAUGAAUCAGAGUCUGACCAUUUGAAUUUAGUAGCAGUCACACAGACUGGAGCAAGAUUAUAUUUUAGCACGGGAAGUGGAGAUACAAACCAAAGUGGUAUACAGCGACCACAGUACUUGACAAUGCUGCAUGUAAGGCUGCCCCCUGGAUUCACUCCUAAUUCAUCAGUGUUAAAGCCAAAACAAGUUCACAGUGCUGUUUACGAAAAUGGUUCCCUGGUAAUGAUAUGUUCAUCCGGUGGCGGCGAGGCGGAGACUCUGUGGUGCCUGUCCCGCGUCAUCCCGGGCAGCGCGGCCUUCAGCGAGGCGCACACCGUGCUGGCGCUGGACGGGCCCGCCUGGGCGCUCACUGCGCUGCCUCACCAGCACGCCGCUCACAUAUCCAACGCUCUUCUCACUAAAAAAGAAGUGUGGUGUGUCUCGCGAUGGGCAGUAGUGACAGGGGCGGGAGCCUGUAUCAUAACAGCCGGAGCUGCUCCAGACAUACUACGAACAUUACUUAGAGACUGUCGGGGUCCUGAAGCACAUGCUGUCAAGGACUUCUUUCAGCUGCACAGUGUAGAACAAGCAUGCGCAUGCGCCUUGUAUUUGGCGUGCGAGGAUACCAUCAGCAGUGACCUCUCAAUCAGCGAGUGGGCUACCAGAGCAUUCUUCUUAUAUGGGACCCAGAUGACUCCAGCUCCAAUCUAUCAGCACUCUUCACAGAUGCCUUCCAGUAUAGGUUCACCCAAGUUUUCACCGCGACAAAUGUCAACGCCCAUGUCGAGAGGACCGCAGGGUCAAAUUCAGGGACCGCAAGCAAACAAGUUCAAUCAGUCGUACCAACAACACAUGAACCAGUCAUUCCCGGGGUCGCCGAACCACUCGAUGAUGACGCAACAGCCGCAAUACUCUAUGAGUCCGACCCCGUACAACCAGACUUCGUUCAACGGAAACAUCACUCAGCAACAAAGAGACCCUAACUACCCAGUGCCAAUUGAAUUUAGUGCGAAACACAACGGCCUCUAUAUUUACGUCGGUCGAAUACUGUUGCCGAUAUGGAAUUUAAAAUGCGUCUCGAAAUCCCAGACUCCGGACAGUAAAGAAUUCAUGUCUAGUCAAGUGACAGGCGAGGACUGUGCGUACAUAGCCAAGAAAUUGCAACGUGUGGCGGCGUUCAUGCAGCGCACAUUGGCGCCGCAACAUUCUGAAGAGCACACAUCGCUAAAUGCAUUGAAGUUAUUUGUCUCAAUGGCAAUAGAAAUGUUGAAUCUAUGGAGAGUACUAUGUGAGCACCAGUUUCACGUGAUAGCUGCGAGCCUGCCCGCAGAUCAGCAGAAUGCUCUUCAAGCAGCAAGUUUUAGAGAAUUACUGGUUGGCGGUCAGGAAGUAGCGUGCUUACUUCUAGGAUCUUUGGUGGCAGGAUAUCUGCGUGACAAUGCUUCUGUCGAUGGAAUUUCACAGAAACUACGACAAUUAUGUCCAACAUUGUACAGGCAAGAAGACGCUACUUGCUCCAAGGCCAACGAACUCUUGAUGUUUGCCAAACAACAAAAGAAUCCCACGGAAAGGGAAGAAAUGUUGCAGCAUGCCCUAAAACUGUGUAAAGAUGUGGCCCCAAAUGUGAACCUGCCAUUGGUUUGUUCAAAACUGGCAUCUGUUGGGUUUUACUCGGGGGUGGUGGAACUGUGCGCUACUUGUGCCUGCAAACUCGAUCCUCAGGAUAAAGCACUGCAUUACUAUAAAAGUGAUCAGCCCACGCAAGAUAGAGAAGGACAUUUAGCUUAUUACAGAAGAAUGGAAAUAUAUCGCGAAGUGUGUGCUGCUCUGGAGCGUCUUUACGAGCGCAGCAACGAAGCGCCGGGCGCCGAGCCCUCCCCGCACCGAGCGCCCGCGCAGCAUUCCGCCGACGCUGACGUCACUCUGUCCCCAGCUGAUGCCAACUAUCAAGGUAGAAAGCUGGUGUGGGAGUGCUUGUCACGAGAUGACGAACUGUUGCAUGUCGCCGUUUAUGAAUGGCUAGUCUCCAAGAAUCUCGGUUCGGAAUUAUUGUCGCUGGGGAGGGCGCCACCUGCCUCAUUGCGGACAUACCUGCAGGCGGCGGCUAGAUCGGCGCCGCCCGCAGCUUCCCUCCACCUACUGGACCUGCUGUGGAAGGUCUUAGAGAAGUGCGGAGAUCAUCUCGCAGCCGCACAAGUCCUAGAGGGACUCGCUACUAGACCGGGGUCGGGCGCGACGCUGGCGCAGCGCAUGUCGUGGCUGUGCGCGGGCGUGGUGUGCGUGCGCGGCGCGGGCGCGGGCGGCGGGGAGGUGGUGCGGCGGCUGGAGGAGGCGGGCGAGGUGGCGCGCGUGCAGCGGGCCGUGCGCGCCGCCGCCGCCGCCCUGCCCGCCGCGCGCCGCCCCCCGCCGCCGCACAUGCAGCGCCUGGACGACGAGCUGCUCGAGAUCACGCAGCUGUAUGAGGAGUACGCGGACCGCUACAACCUGUGGGAGUGCAAGCUGGCCAUCGUGCAGUGCUCGGGGCACAACGACGCGCUGCUGGUCGAGAACAUCUGGAGCAACAUUCUGGCGGAGGCGGAGGCGGCCGCCAGCGCCCUGCCCGCGCCCGACGAGAGGCUGGCCUCGGUGCUCAGUAAAAUCACCACUCUGGGACGCGAAUAUGUCAACACCGGACAUUGUUUCCCCUUGUAUUUCAUUGCACGCCAGUUAGAAAUAAUGAGUUGUAAACUUCGAGCGGAUCAGAGCAUGGUGUUCAAAGCGAUUCUAAGUAUCGGAGUCUCGCUUGAACAAGUACUGGAUAUUUACAUCAAGCUGGUGAGCGUGAACGAGCGCGUGUGGCUGGGCUGCGGCGAGGAGACGCACGCGUGCGGCGCGGCGGCGCGGCUGCUGGAGGCGGCGCGCGCGCACGUGCAGCCGCUCGCAGCGCACGUGCGGCGCCGCGCGCUCGCCCGCUGCAAGGACCUACACGAAGCCGCCCUGUCCGCGCUUCAGGCUCGUCCCAACACACAACACCUGAUAGAAAGGUUGUCAGUCGCACAGGCGCACCUAGAUCGUAUGGAUUAAUGAUAAGUUUUUAGUUAUUAUUUUCACUGAAACAUUUUAGUAUUUUUUUUUAAAUUCUGUUCAGUCUGAUUUCGUCACCUUUUUUGUUCAAGACUGAUAUUAAUAUAUUAACAUGGAUUUUUAAUUUUUAUAUACUAAACAAUGUACGUAUACUUUGGGCAAAUAUUCAUUAAAAUAUAUCUAAUAUUAAGUAUCCCAUCUAUAGCUGAGCGUCUUUGAGUAAAGCACAGAGAUAAAGUUUACAAAUGAAUUUAAGCAUUGGUUACUAAUUCAAAACACAGAGUGAUAGUUUUCAUAUAACUUUCACUUAUUUUUAAUAUUGCCUCUUAAUUCGCCUGUUUGUACUAUGUUAGGUUAUUAAAUGUGAUGAGAGCUUAAUUUCUUUGCGUGAUUGACAUUUUACCAAAAACUGGUUUCAAUAAAAUAUUUCUAAUUAGCUGUAUUAUUCUAUUUGUUAGUAAAUAAAAUCAAAAACUGUUGACUGUUGAUAAAAAUAAAUAUUGAAUAAUUUGAUCAUAAAUAAAAACAUGGAAUCUUGCUUGUUUAUUUUUUUAUUUCGUUUCAUUGGUACAGUUCUCAGAUAUAACUAAUAACAUUUUAGUGUGCACAAAUAUUUAGACUAUACAUAAUUAACUGGCAGAAUUGUUUGUUCCGUUGGCAGUGAUAAUAACAUUGAAUUAUAAUGAAAAUGUUUUGUACCGUAUAAUGUAAUAGUCACGGUUAUUGUUCCAUAUAAUAUAAUACCUCAUUUAAUCAUGUAUUUCGAAAAGUGAUCUAGUUUAAUUCUUAACUGAUUUUGUGAAGAAAAAAAAAUGUUUCUAUUUUUGUAAAUAAAUAUUUAUCGUGUAACAAUAUUCGUUUCAUUAUUAAAUCUACUGAAUAGUGAGAUCUAGAUUAUUGGUAAAAGGUGUAAGAUUCUCUCAUCUUCA